CGUCCGCCCGCGCCCCCCGGGGACGCGGCGGUGCCCUCGGAGGGCCGCGUAGCUCCCGGCCUGCGGGUGCUCGGACCCGGGCCGAUCCGGCCGCCGCCUAGGCUUCCACCCCGUAGUCUGCUUUCCUGCCGCGGACCGCCGGCCCCACCGGGAAAGAGGGCGCUUCCCCACCUGCCGCGCCCCGCGCCGCCCGGCCAUGGCCGACAGCGGCGGCACGGGCAGCUCUGGGUCCUGGUGGAAAUCGCUAACCAACAGCAGAAAGAAAAGCAAGGAAGCCGCGGUAGGGGCGCAGCCUCCCGCCCAGCCUGCCCCCGGGGAGCCCGCGCCGCCCGCGCCACCCAGCGCCGACUGGACUGGCAGCUCCCGGGAGAAUCAGCACCCCAAUCUCUUUGGGGGCGCCGGCGAGCCCCACAAGCCGGACAAGUUGUGCGGGGAGAAGUCAGGCAGCAGCCGCCGCAAUUUGAAGAUCUCGCGCUCCGGCCGCUUUAAGGAGAAGAGGAAAGUGCGCGCCACUCUGCUCCCCGAAGGAGUCAGGUCCCCUGAGGAGGCGGGCUUCCCUGGUGACCCCCACGACGACAAGCAAUAGCCACAGCGCAGCGGGACUGUCUUUCUCCCCACCACUCCUCCCUACCCUAGCCCGAGAAUUGCGGCCCGCCCCGGUAACCUGGUUCUAAUCCCACCAACUUCUGAGUAUUCACACGAGGCCUCCACGAUUUUAAUUUCCUGGAAAUUGAAGUGUCGGUUAAGUUUUCAAUAUUUCAUGGCUCGAGGAGGCACUGAAUAUGUACUUGUGGUAAGCGAAGAUACCUGCCACAGAGGAAGUUGGCAUAAUCCUUUUUUUCCCCCCAAGAGUGGCCCCUUGUGCCACCUGGGGAGUGAGAAGGGUACUUCUCUGAGUGGGUCACUCACCUGGAACUGCACAGCCCCUCCAACGAGGAAGCAGUGCUCCGUUUCAGGACUCGCUGUUGGAGAGCAAAUCACACUGCUGUUUUUAACGCCAGAGAAAUGCACUUUAGAAGUACUUGUGUAGACUCGUACCUAAGGGAAGGGCUGAGAGGGACCAGGAAGCAUUCUUAGAAGCAUUAGAAGUAAGGCAAGAUUGCUUUUAAUGUUGAACUACAAAACUGUACUGCCUGUUUUAGUGUGGACCAUUAAACCCGCUGCACCGUAA